GGAGUAUCGACUGAGUCUACACCAAUUGAUGGCAUCACCACCAUCAUAGUUACUGAUGAUGAAUCAUCUACUCCUGCUACCACUAAAGAUGAAUUCACAACUAUCUCAGUAACUGAGGGAGUUUCUACUGAAUCCACAGCAACAGAUGGCAUCAACACCACUAUUGUUACUGAAGACGAACUGUCUACUGCUGCAACCACUAAAGAUGAGUACACAACUAUUUCACUAACUGAGAGAGUAUCUAAUGAAGCUACACCAACUGAUGGCAUCACCACCAUCAUAGUUACUGAUGACGAAUCAUCUACUCCUGAUACCACUAAAGACGAGUUCACAACUAUCUCAGUAACUGAGGGAGUAUCUACUGAAGCAACAGCAACUGAUGGCAUCAUCACCAUCAUAUAUACUGACGACGAAUCGUCUACAGCUGCUACCACUAAAGAUGAGAUCACAACUAUUUCACUAACUGAGAGAAUAUCUACUGAUGGCACAAUCACCAUUAUAUACACUGACGACGAAUCUUCUACUGGUGGUACCACUAAAGAUGAGUUCGCAACUAUUUCACUAACUGAGAGAGUAUCUACUGAGGCUACACCAAUUGAUGGCAUCACCACCAUCAUAGUUACUGGUGAUGAAUCAUCUACUCCUGCUAUCACUAAAGAUGAGUUCACAACUAUCUCAGUAACUAAUGGAGUAUCUACUGAAUCCACAGCAACUGAUGGCAUCAACACCAUUAUUAUUACUGAAGACGAAUUGUCUACUGCUGCUUCCACUAAAGAUGAGUUCACAACUAUUUCAGUAACUGAGGAAGUAUCUACUGAGGCUACAGCAACUGAUGUUAUCACUACCAUCAUAUAUACUGACGACGAAUCAUCUACUCCUGCUACCACUAAAGGUGAGUUCACAAAUAUCUCAGGAACUGGUGGAGCCUCUACUGAGGUUAGAGCAACUGAUGGCAUCAACACCAUAAUUAUUACUGAAGACGAAUUGUCUACUGCUGCUACCACUAAAGAUGAGUACACAACUAUUUCACUAAGUGAGAGAGUAUCUACUGAGGCUACACCAACUGAUGGCAUCACCACCAUCAUAGUUACUGAUGAUGAAUCAUCUACUCCUGCUACCACUAAAGACGUGUUCACAACUAUUUCACUAACUGAAGGAGUAACGACUGAGUCUACACCAAUUGAUGGCAUCACCACCAUCAUAGUUACUGAUGAUGAAUCAUCUACUCUUGCUACCACUAAAGAUGAGUUCACAAAUAUCUCAGGAACUGGUGGAGUAUCUACUGAAGUUACAGCAACUGAUGGUAUCACCACCAUCAUAUAUAUUGACGACGAGUCAUCUACUCCAGCUACCACUAAAUAUGAGUUCACAACUAUCGCAGUAACUGAGGGAGUAUCUACUGAGGCUACAGCAACUUAUGGCAUCACUACCAUCAUAUAUACUGACGACGAAUCAUCUACUCCUGCUACCACUAAAGCUGAGUUCACAACUAUCUCAGUAACUGAUGGAGUAUCUACUGAAUCCACAGCAACAGAUGGCAUCAACACCAUUAUUAUUACUGAAGACGAAUUGUCUACUGCUGCUACCACUAAAGAUGAGUACACAACUAUUUCACUAACUGAGGGAGUAUCGACUGAGGCUACACCAAUUGAUGGCAUCACCACCAUCAUAGUUACUGGUGAUGAAUCAUCUACUUCUGCUACCACUGAAGAUGAGUUCACAACUAUCUCAGUAACUGAUGGAGUAUCUACUGAAUCCACAGCAACAGAUGGCAUAAACACCAUUAUUAUUACUGAAGACGAAUUGUCUACUGCUGCUACCACUAAAGUUGAGUACACAACUAUCUCAGUAACUGAUGGAGUAUCUACUGAAUCCACAGCAACAGAUGGCAUCAACACCAUUAUUAUUACUGAAGACGAAUUGUCUACUGCUGCUACCAUUAAAGGUGAGUUCACAACUAUUUCACUAACUGAAGGAGUAACGACUGAGUCUACACCAAUUGAUGGCAUCACCACCAUCAUAGUUACUGAUGAUGAAUCAUCUACUCCUGCUACCACUAAAGGUGAGUUCACAAAUAUCUCAGGAACUGGUGGAGCAUCUACUGAGGUUAGAGCAACUGAUGGCAUCAACACCAUAAUUAUUACUGAAGACGAAUUGUCUACUGCUGCUACCACUAAAGAUGAGUACACAACUAUUUCACUAAGUGAGAGAGUAUCUACUGAGGCUACACCAACUGAUGGCAUCACCACCAUCAUAGUUACCGGUGAUGAAUCAUCUACUCCUGCUACCACUAAAGACGUGUUCACAACUAUUUCACUAACUGAAGGAGUAACGACUGAGUCUACACCAAUUGAUGGCAUCACCACCAUCAUAGUUACUGAUGAUGAAUCAUCUACUCCUGCUACCACUAAAGAUGAGUUCACAAAUAUCUUAGGAACUGGUGGAGUAUCUACUGAGGUUGCAGCAACUGAUGGCAUCAACACCAUUAUUAUUACUGAAGACGAAUUGUCUACUGCUGCUACCACUAAAGAUGAGUACACAACUAUUUUACUAAGUGAGAGAGUAUCUACUGAGGCUACACCAACUGAUGGCAUCACUACCAUCAUAGUUACUGAUGAUGAAUCAUCUACUCCUGCUACCACUAAAGACGUGUUCACAACUAUCUCAGUAACUGAUGGAGUAUCUACUGAAUCCACAGCAACAGAUGCCAUAAACACCAUUAUUAUUACUGAAGACAAAUUGUCUACUGCUGCUACCACUAAAAAUGAGCACACAACUAUUUCACUAACUGAGAGAGUAUCGACUGAGUCUACAGCAAUUGAUGGCAUCACCACCAUCAUAGUUACUGAUGAUGAAUCAUCUACUCAUGCUACCACUAAAGAUGAGUUCACAAAUAUCUCAGGAUCUGGUGGAGUAUCUAUUGAGGCUAGAGCAACUGAUGGCAUCAACACCAUUAUUAUUACUGAAGACGAAUUGUCUACUGCUGCUACCACUAAAGAUGAGUACACAACUAUUUCACUAACUGAGAGAGUAUCGACUGAGACUACAGCAAUUGAUGGCAUCACCACCAUCAUAUUUAUUGACGACGAAUCAUCUACUGCUGCUGCCAUUAAAGAUGAGUUCACAACUAUUUCACUAACUGAAGGAGUAACGACUGAGUCUACACCAAUUGAUGGCAUCACCACCAUCAUAGUUACUGAUGAUGAAUCACCUACUCCUGCUACCACUAAAGAUGAGUUCACAAAUAUCUCAGGAACUGGUGGAGCAUCUACUGAGGUUAGAGCAACUGAUGGCAUCAACACCAUUAUUAUUACUGAAGACGAAUUGUCUACUGCUGCUUCCACUAAAGAUGAGUACACAACUAUUUCACUAAGUGAGAGAGUAUCUCCUGAGGCUACACCAACUGAUGGCAUCACCACCAUCAUAGUUACUGAUGAUGAAUCAUCUACUCCUGCUACCACUAAAGACGUGUUCACAACUAUUUCACUAACUGAAGGAGUAACGACUGAGUCUACACCAAUUGAUGGCAUCACCACCAUCAUAGUUACUGAUGAUGAAUCAUCUACUCCUGCUACCACUAAAGAUGAGUUCACAAAUAUCUCAGGAACUGGUGGAGUAUCUACUGAAGUUACAGCAACUGAUGGUAUCACCACCAUCAUAUAUAUUGACGACGAGUCAUCUACUCCAGCUACCACUAAAUAUGAGUUCACAACUAUCGCAGUAACUGAGGGAGUAUCUACUGAGGCUACAGCAACUUAUGGCAUCACUACCAUCAUAUAUACUGACGACGAAUCAUCUACUGCUGCUACCACUAAAGAUGAGACCACAACUAUUUCACUAAAUGAGGGAGUAUCGACUGAGGCUACACCAAUUGAUGGCAUCACCACCAUCAUAGUUACUGGUGAUGAAUCAUCUACUCCUGCUACCACUGAAGAUGAGUUCAUAACUAUCUCAGUAACUGAUGGAGUAUCUACUGAAUCCACAGCAACAGAUGGCAUCAACACCAUUAUUAUUACUGAAGACGAAUUGUCUACUGCUGCUACCACUAAAGAUGAGUACACAACUAUUUCACUAACUGAGGGAGUAUCGACUGAGGCUACACCAAUUGAUGGCAUCACCACCAUCAUAGUUACUGGUGAUGAAUCAUCUACUUCUGCUACCACUGAAGAUGAGUUCACAACUAUCUCAGUAACUGAUGGAGUAUCUACUGAAUCCACAGCAACAGAUGGCAUAAACACCAUUAUUAUUACUGAAGACGAAUUGUCUACUGCUGCUACCACUAAAGAUGAGUACACAACUAUUUCACUAAGUGAGAGUGUAUCUACUGAGGCUACGCCAACUGAUGACAUCACCACCAUCAUAGUUUCUGAUGAUGAAUCAUCUGCUACUGCUGCUACCACUAAAGACGUGUUCACAACUAUUUUACUAACUGAAGGAGUAACGACUGAGUCUACACCAAUUGAUGGCAUCACCACCAUCAUAGUUACUGAUGACGAAUCAUCUACUCCUGCUACCACUAACGAUGAGUUCACAAAUAUCUCAGGAACUGGUGGAGUAUCUACUGAGGUUACAGCAACUGAUGGUAUCACCACCAUCAUAUAUAUUGACGACGAGUCAUCUACUCCAGCUACCACUAAAGAUGAGUUCACAACUAUCGCAGUAACUGAGGGAGUAUCUACUGAGGCUACAGCAUCUUAUGGCAUCACUACCAUCAUAUAUACUGACGACGAAUCAUCUACUCCUGCUACCACUAAAGCUGAGUUCACAACUAUCUCAGUAACUGAUGGAGUAUCUACUGAAUUCACAGCAACAGAUGGCAUCAACACCAUUAUUAUUACUGAAGACGAAUUGUCUACAGCUGCUACCAUUAAAGAUGAGUUCACAACUAUUUCACUAAAUGAGGGAGUAUCGACUGAGACUACAGCAAUUGAUGGCAUCACCACCAUCAUAUUUAUUGACGAUGAAUCAUCUACUGCUGCUACCAUUAAAGAUGAGUUCACAACUAUUUCACUAACUGAAGGAGUAACGACUGAGUCUACACCAAUUGAUGGCAUCACCACCAUCAUAGUUACUGAUGAUGAAUCAUCUACUCCUGCUACCACUAAAGAUGAGUUCACAAAUAUCUCAGGAACUGGUGUAGCAUCUACUGAGGUUAGAGCUACUGAUGGCAUCAACACCAUUAUUAUUACUGAAGACGAAUUGUCUACUGCUGCUUCCACUAAAGAUGAGUACACAACUAUUUCACUAAGUGAGAGAGUAUCUACUGAGGCUACACCAACUGAUGGCAUCACCACCAUCAUAGUUACUGAUGAUGAAUCAUCUACUCCUGCUACCACUAAAGACGUGUUCACAACUAUUUCACUAACUGAAGGAGUAACGACUGAGUCUACACCAAUUGAUGGCAUCACCACCAUCAUAGUUACUGAUGAUGAAUCAUCUACUCUUGCUACCACUAAAGAUGAGUUCACAAAUAUCUCAGGAACUGGUGGAGUAUCUACUGAAGUUACAGCAACUGAUGGUAUCACCACCAUCAUAUAUAUUGACGACGAGUCAUCUACUCCAGCUACCACUAAAUAUGAGUUCACAACUAUCGCAGUAACUGAGGGA